AUGGCAGUGGAGGCCUACUCGCUGGCGCUCUUCACGCGUGUGUUGGGUUGGUCCAACAACGACACCCAGGUGUUCCUUGCUGGCGUCUUACUCGGACUUAUAUAUAGCAUCACCUACCAGCUGUGCUGGUCACCGCUUGCCCGGUUCCCGGGCCCGAGGCUCUGGGCCAUCUCGCGCAUUCCGGGCCAAUUGUCGGUGUUGCGCGGCUAUGUCCAUUUGGACGUUACGGCUUUGCAUGAGCGCUAUGGGCCCGUGGUGCGCGUCAGCCCAGAUGAACUUGUGUUCAAUACCCCGCAGGCAUUCCGUGAUAUUUAUGGCGCUCGGCCCGGGGGUUGUUUUGCUAAAGAUCCAUCGCAUUAUUUGCCGCCAGCCAAUGGGGUCAACCAUCUCGUCUGCGAGAUAGAUAAUGCCUCCCAUGCGCGUCAGAGGAAGCUACUAGCCCAUGCAUUUUCCGAGCGUGCACUCAGGGAUCAAGAGUCUCUCAUCACGGACUAUGUCGAUACCAUGAUCUCUAAACUGCGGGUGGAGAUCCAGAAUGGUUCCACUAGUAUUGAUAUUAAGAACUGGAUGAACUAUACCACAUUCGACAUCACAGGUGACUUGAUGUUUGGCGAGUCAUUUGGCUGUCUCAAAAAUAGUACGCUGCACCCAUGGAUUGACUUGAUCUUCAAGUCGAUCAAAGCGCUCGCCUUCCAUGGUAUGGCGCGCCAAUUUCCGGUCUUUCACGCCUUGCUGUUUGCUCUUGUUCCCAAGCGAGUCAAGCAAAAGGCAGUAGAACACUUUGACCUGGCUGCUCGCAGAGCGGAUCGGCGUCUGGAAACCAAAAUGGCCCGGCCGGACUUUAUGUCUGCGAUCCUGCAGAAUGGAAUGAGUGAGUCUAAAGAGCCGGAUCGUGAUGGGGGUGAGAUUAUGACGAGAGCGAGAAUCCACUCGAACGCUUUCAUCCUCAUUAUUGCAGGUAGCGAAACCGGCGCGACGCUUUUAUCUGGCUGUAUUUUCUACCUGUGCACCAACUCCCGAGUCAUGAGCGACCUCGCUCGUGAGAUUCGAUCUGCCUUUGCUUCAGCCGACGACAUCACGUUCCGCAGUUCUGCCACCCUGUCCUACCUGGCAGCCGUCGUAGAAGAGUCACUGCGCAUGUAUCCACCCUUCGUGACAAGCCUCGCGCGCAUUGUCCCACCAAACGGGGCCACAGUCGACGGCCAAUUCGUGCCAGGAGGAGUACGUUCUCUGCACACCUGCCAAAAUAUGCUGCCACACUAA